AUGCUUGGACUAAGUAAACUCAUAUGCACAACUGUACUACUCACAUGCACGGCUUUUGUGUACUCCGUGGAGUUGAAUAUCGACGACAAGGAUUCCAUAUGUGCGGCUGCAAAGAUUGUGUCUGAUGGUAUGUGGAACUAUUAUGAAGGUUUCAAACCUGGAGGAACUGUUGGUAUGUUUGCAUCUCCCAACUAUUGGUGGAAUGCAGGUGAAGCUUUUGGUGGGUUUGUUGAUUACUUUACGUACUGCGAUUCAGAUAACAAAACGUUGGAAAAAUGGAUUUACGACGGAAUGUAUCAUCAAGCAGGUGAGAAUUACAACUAUAUUCCAUCGAAUCAGUCUUUGACUGAGGGUAACGAUGAUCAAGGAGUUUGGGGAAUGGCGAUCAUGGAAGCAGUAGAACGAAACUUUACUGAUCCGCAGCUGCAUUCAUGGUUGGAGAUGGCUCAAGCAAUUUUCAAUACAAUGAAUGCAAGAUGGGAUACCGCGCAUUGUGGCGGUGGACUCAGAUGGCAAAUCUUCACUUGGAAUUCGGGUUACAAUUACAAGAAUGCAAUCUCAAAUGGAUGUCUUUUCCACAUGGCCGCAAGAUUGGCUAGAUACACAGGAAAUGAGUCGGCGUAUGUUCCUACGGCUGAACGAGUUUGGGACUGGAUGGAAUCGAUUAAUUUCUUAACCGAAGAAACGAAUGGAAAUUUGCGUAUAUACGACGGUGCAGAAGUCGAGGAGAAUUGUACCUCAGUGACAGAUUUGAGAUGGUCCUAUACUUAUGGUGUAUUUAUGUCCGGGUGUGCUUACUUGUACAAUGUAACGGGAGAUGAGACAUGGAAAACCCGUUCAUACGAGGUUGUUGAGGCGGCGAUCAACUACUUCUUUGAGAACAAAAUCAUGUUGGAGAAAACAUGUCAACCUAGCGGCAACUGUAACAAUGAUCAAAGAUCGUUUCGUUGUUUGUUUUCCCGGUGUCUUGGGUUAACUAUGAAACUUAUACCAGAAUUUGAGAAUGAGAUCAGACCUUCUUUGGAAGCUAGUGCUAAAGGUGCCGCCCAAUCGUGUUCCGGGGGAAGCGAUGGAGUCACAUGUGGUGAAGAUUGGUCUGCAAACGGUUGGGAUAAUAAGUACGGGCUAGGUGAGCAAAUGUCAGCAUUGGAGGUGAUGUUGGCCCUUAUUGUCGAGGAGCCACUUAGUGUUAAAACAGGAGGAACGAAUAGAUCAAAUUUCGCUGCAGGAACCGACACAGAGGAUACUGAAAAUAAAAACAAGUUGAAAAUACAGGGCAAGGACAGAGCUGGAGCUGGAGUCUUGACAGCCAUUGUAUUGCUUAUACUAUUGGGUGGUGGUAUAUGGAUGAUAUUUUAG